AUGAAACUCAUUCUGAGCUCGCUGUUCUUAGUCCUCUCUGCAGCCAAUGCGCUCAUACUGGAUAACCCCCCGGCUGCCGGUUGGGCAUCUGGGGAGACAGUCACGGAGCACUGGCAGACUCGACCCGCAGACCCCGCCCACUUCACUCUGACUCUCGAAUCAUACGCGUCGAGGGGAAACCACGCCCUCAUCGCCAUCGUCGAAACCGCGCCGGGCUCCGUGACCUUCACCGUGCCGGAUGUCAGUGCGGGGGACUACGUUUUGAACGCAGUGAAUAUGACGGAUGACAAUGACAUCUACGCUCAGACCGCACCAUUCGCCAUCUCGCAGUAG